AGUGACAACACAAUUGACAUUUGAAAAAUUAAGCAUUUUCACUAUUUUCAGAUUGCUGCAUACAUAUUUGAAUUAUAAUUUUGCUGUGUAAAUCAUAAAUAAUCUAAAGUCUUAUUUUCGGGUGUAUAAAUUAAGUAGGUACUAACACCGCGGAGUAUGGUAAUAAUGGACAGUGCAGAAUCUGUCGGUAGCUUAGAAGAGCAAGCUCUCAAAAGAAAAGAAAGACUGAAGAAUCUAAAAAGAAAACGAACAAACAGUGAUAAUACAUCACAUAAUACUACAAAUGAAACAAUGACACUGCCCAAACCAAAAUUUAGAAGUUACAAGCCUCAAGAUGGAGCGUUACAAGAAUCCAAACUUAGUGAUGCAGAACCAACAGUGAUAGAAGAAGAAGUAAAAGAUUUGUUGGAGGCUGGUAAAGAAAAGGUGGUGCUCCAGGAUCUCGACAUAACAAGUUUAGCACCAAGAAAACCAGACUGGGAUCUCAAACGAGAUGUGGCCAAGAAGCUAGAGAAAUUAGAACGGAAGACACAGAGAGCCAUAGCUGAAUUGAUUUGGGAUAGACUGAAACAUGGAAAUGAAGAUAAUUUAAGUGCUAUGAUUACAAUGACUGCUAACCGACCUACCAUUACAGAUGAUGACUAAAUUUUAUGUGUCCCGCAAUAAUUUUAUAUAAGAAACUUAAAGCAUGCAAAAGUGGAUUUAAAUAUUAAAUGUAGUUGUGACCUAAAAGAUAAGAUGCCCAGUGAAUUAAUACCGAGGGUAUGACUGUGCUAUUGUGCGAAACCUGUAGGUGGAAAGUCAGUUGUGUAAUAAAAAAAACUCAAAACCUAUUAAAUUUGUAUAAGUAUUGUUCAUGAAGCAUAAUUAAGAUCCAUAUGUUUAGGGUCCCAUAAUCUUAACAAUAGGUUUGAAGGGUGGAACAGCCUUACAAUUCUGAUUUUGACCUCCAAUCUCAAGGUGGAUGGCAAAAUUCAUGUUACAGUGAGCUCUGAGCUCCUAAUGCAAUUAGAUAAAUUUUAAAUCUUUUUUUUUUGUAUUUUAGUUAUUGUACUUUGAUUAUGAAAGAGUUAUCUUUAUUUCUCAAGGAGAGCACUGGCUUUCACAUUGUGUUGUUAAGGGUCUAGGUAAACGCUCACUUAUACAUGUGCCAUUAGUCUCUUUGUCUUAGCUAAAAACGAGAACAAAAAUGAACAUGGAUAUGGAUCCAAUAUUAAUUCAAUUUAAUUUGUUAAUUGUAAAUACAGAUUCAUGAUCAGUACUUCAACAGGAUCCAUGAGCCACUCAUGAUGGAUUAUUCCACCAUUCUUGUCUUCACAAAACACCAAGUGAUAUGUAUGUAUGUAUAUCUAAAUCUAUUUUAAUAAAACAGUUAAUUUAA